AGUCGGAGGAGUCAACCAACAUGCAACGCUUUCUAAUUUUCGCGGCUUUGAUCGCCGCAGCGAGCGCACAGCUCUGCAAGAACACCGGAGAUCUGGUGCCAAACCCGAUCAACUGCAAGCAGUUCUUCAUGUGCCGUACCGGGCGCACCAUUCUAUUCACCUGCCCGGACAACACGCUGUUCAACCCGCGUACGCUGGCCUGUGACUCCACCAACAAGGUGCGCUGCGAGCCCGGCGAUAUCCCGACGAGCAUUCUGACCUCCUCGCUCAAGGCACUGCCGGCGAACAUCGAGCACACCGUGACGGCUUGCAUCAACCAGCCCGUCGCGACCCUGCUGGCCAACACUGCCGACUGUAGCCGCUUCUACCAGUGCUCGAUUACGGGCGCCAUCAACUUCCAGUGUCCCGCUGGCACGCUGUUCGAUGCUUACCGCAAGAUGUGCGUAGAGCGUGAUGUGGCCAUCUGUGGAACGGUUGGCAUGCCGAACCCACCCCUAGUGCCUUCGGUACCGAUCCAGCCGCCGUCCCUUCCGAUCGUUCCGCCAUCGCAACCGAUCAUGCCACCAUCGCUGCCGAUCGUCCCACCAGUGCCCAUGCCCAUGCCCCAGCCCCAGCCGCCAAGCAACCUGAACAGCCUGCAGAUGCUGUGCCGUGGAAAGCCACUCGGAGCGAAGAUCCGCAACCCGUCCAACUGUUCGGAGUACGUGAACUGUAUCGGUACCACUAUCCUCCGCUUCACCCGUUGCCCUGUCGGAACGUCCUUCGACGAUGUGCGCAAGAUCUGCGACUGGGUCCAGAAUGUCCAGUGCUAAAUGGUAGUGCCUCUAGCUUAGUCAGCCUUUAGUAUAUUGCCCCAGUAAAGGAUGUUGGUAUUAAAAAUUCGGGAGACUAAAUGCAUU